AUGAAGACGUCUCGCAGGUGCAGGAGCCUUCUGUCGGUUAGCUUGAACUUCUUCGCCCUCUUGUUCUCCAUCACUGCGUUCAUGACGACCUACUGGUGCGUGGGCACCCAGAGAGUCCCCAAACCCAAGUGCAGCAAGCUGCGGACGCACCAGUGCAUUGACUACGGAGUGAACGAAACGGACCCCAACAAAGUGGUGUACAGCUGGGAGACCGGGGACGACCGGUUCCUUUUCCGUCAGUUCCACACCGGCAUCUGGUUCUCCUGCGAGGAAAACAUCCACGAUGAAAGUGAGAGAUGCCGAAGCUUCAUCGAUUUAGCUCCUCCAUCAGAGAAAGGGAUGCUGUGGCUGUCGCUGGUCUCUGAGAUGCUGUACAUCAUUCUGCUGGUUGUGGGCUUCAGCCUCAUGUGUUUGGAGCUGGUGCACUCCAGCAACGUCAUCGAUGGACUCAAGCUCAAUGCCUUUGCUGCUGUCUUCACUGUGCUCUCAGGUCUUCUCGGCAUGGUGGCUCAUGUGAUGUACACGCAGGUCUUCCAGGUCACCGUCAGCCUCGGACCGCCUGACUGGCGGCCCUACAACUGGGACUAUGGCUGGUCUUUCUGCAUGGCCUGGGCAUCCUUCACCUGCUGUAUGGGCGCGUCGGUCACCACCCUCAACUCCUACACCAAGACCGUCAUUGAGUUCAGGCACAAACGCAAGACCUUCGAGCAAAGCAUUCGGGAGGAGCACGCAAGGGAAGCUUUCGGAUAUUUCCGGGAACACUCAGUGCACUCCAUCUCCAAAUCCGUGGAGGUUUACUCCAGCCAGAGCCUAAAAAGCGGCAGAAAAGCUCCCAUUCCUGCUGACUCCCUGGACUUCAGUGACAUUGCAGCAUCUCUGGGGGAAGAGCAGUGCUGA